GUUCAACUAGUAACUAGAAUAGAACCUCAUAAUUAUAUAUUAUGUGAAAAUCAGCUUUGUAGCACUGAUUAUGUUAUUGAGGUUAUGUUUAUUAAAGAAUGAUAGAAUUUGAAACAAAUAACUGAUUAUAAAUUUAGUAAAAAUUACCGUCAUAGAAAAGUAUACGAACGCAUAAAUAAAAUUAUAAAAUCUGCAAAACAAUGGCUGGUAAACAAGGAAGAGAUUUAGCAUUGUCAAUGUUACGAACUUUACCACGAGUAUGUUUAAAUAAUAUUCGAGAUAAUCCUGGUGCAAGAAAGCCUACAAAACGUGGUCGAGGUCAACAUGGUGGAAACCAACAUGGAACUAGCAAAAAGGGUUCAGGUCAUAGGCAAAAUUUUAUGCGCCCAGGGUAUGAAACUGGAAAUAAUCCAUUUUAUCUCAGAUUUAGUCGGGAACCAUAUUACAAAGGACAUCAUUUAAGAAGAGAGUAUCCACCUUUAUCUUUACAACAAUUGCAAAUGUUCAUUGACACAAAUAGAAUAGAUUCAUUGAAACCUAUUGAUCUUGUAUCUUUAAUUAAUACAGGAUUAUAUAAUAUUAAAUUAGAAUGGAAACAUGCAGGUGUUCAUCUUACAGAUGAGGGAGCUGAUAAUUUUAAAGCAAAAGUGAAUAUAGAGGUUCAAUGGGCCAGUGAACCUGUCAUUGCAGCAAUUGAAAAAAAUGGUGGUACUAUUACUACUGCAUAUUACGAUUCUCAUUGCUUAUAUGCAGUAAAAGAUGUAACUAAAUUUUUCAGUACAGGUGAACCAAUACCACGAAGACUGUUACCACCAACAGACUGCUUAGAAUAUUAUACAAGUGCAGCAACAAGAGGAUAUUUAGCAAAUCCUGAGGAGAUUUCUUAUGAACGAUUGGUUUUGGCUCAGAAAUACGGUUAUGAAUUAUCAAAGAUUGAAGAUGAUCCCGAUUAUGAAAUGCUCAUAAAACGUAAAGAUCCCAGACAAUUGUUUUAUGGUCUUGCACCUGGUUGGGUUGUUAGUCUUAAAGAUAAAGCAAUUUUUAAACCCAAAGCUGAAUAUCUUAAGGAAUUUUACUCAAGUUAA